UUUCUCACACCACAACUCAAUUAAUAACCAAAUUAAACAUAUAUAAUCAUGAGUUGCGUACAAAGCUGGCCGGAGCCCAUUGUCCGAGUCCAGUCGCUCUCCGAGAGCGGCAUCCGGACCAUCCCCGACCGCUACAUCAAACACCUCUCCGACCGCCCCUUGUUCACCGGAAACUCGCCGGCGGUGAACAAGGUGAACAUCCCCACGAUUGACCUGAACAGCCUGUUCUCCGGCGAUGGGGCGGUCCGGAGGGAGACUUGUGAGUUGAUCUCCGGGGCUUGCCGUGAGUGGGGAUUUUUCCAGGUGAUCAACCACGGCGUUGACCUUAAGCUGAUGGGCGGCAUGCAGGAGGCGUGGCGGGAGUUCUUCCACCUCCCGCUGGAGGAGAAGCAGCGCUACGCCAACUCGCCCACCACCUACGAAGGCUACGGCAGCCGGCUCGGGGUGGUGAAGGAGGCCAAGCUCGACUGGAGCGAUUAUUUCUUCCUUCAUUUCCUCCCGGAGCCGCUUAGGGACCCCAGCAAGUGGCCUCGCCUUCCCGUUUCAUGCAGGGAAUUGGUGGCAAAAUAUGGUGAAGAGGUGGUGAAGCUUUGUGAGAAACUGACAAGGAUUCUGUCAGUGAGCCUUGGGUUGAAAGAAGACGCUCUUCACCAAGCCUUUGGAGGAGAUGAAAACAGAGGGGCAUGUUUGAGGGUGAACUUUUACCCAAAAUGCCCCCAACCAGACCUCACUCUUGGCAUCUCACCCCACUCAGACCCAGGGGGCAUGACCCUUCUCCUCCCUGACGCCGACGUCGCCGGCCUCCAAGUCCGCCACGCCGGACAAUGGGUCACCGUUAAGCCGGUGCCCAACGCCUUCAUUGUUAACAUGGGGGAUCAAAUGCAGGUAUUGACGAACGGGAUGUACAAAAGCGUAGAGCACAGAGUGAUUGUGAACUCGGGAAAGGAACGGGUGUCACUGGCUUUGUUCUACAAUCCAGGGGGAGAAACGGUGGUGAAACCUUUGGAGGAACUUGUUACUGAGGAGAGGCCUGCAAUCUACCCUGCCAUGACCUUCAAUCAGUACAGAUCUUUCAUCAGAACAAGGGGCCCUUGUGGCAAGUCUCAAGUUGAAUCGCUCAAAUCGCCUCGAUGAAUAUAUAAUACUAUUUGUGUUGCAUUGUAUUAUGUUUAGCAUAUAUGAAUGCAUGUCGUCUAUGUGGUGUGUUGUGAUUUGCUUAAUUAAUAAUAAAAUCAGAGUUGAUUACUUUU